AUGAAAUUCUCAAGUGUGGUAUGUUCCUUCGUUAUACUCCCUGUGCUGAGCAUUGCUUCAGUGAGUAUUGAGACAAGCGUUUCGUGCGGAACAAUUGCUACCGGUGGAGUUCUUGAAAGCACCCCAUAUAGCUCAUCAACAGCGACAAUCUUGGAGAAGGGUACAGAAGUGGUAGGCAUCUACCACUUUUAUCGUUCUGUAACUUAUGUUAGCGAUUGCAAUCCCAGUACCCGCGUUGCCACUGACGUGAACCCUACAAUUACGAUAUAUUAG